GCUCGUACAAGUUCUUGUCUCGCUAGUUUCGGGUGCAAUUAAGUCUAAAAUGCCAUCAACUACUUCCGUAAAUGUAGACGGCAUCCAAUUCGAUAGCAAUGAUUUUUUGGGUCGUGGUGGCUACGGUUCAGUUCAUCGUGGAACGUAUAAAGAUCAAAGCGUAGCAGUGAAAAGAAUUUGGAAGAAUAAUGGCAAAGAUCAAGAAGAUGACAACGAAUUAAAAAUUCUGCAAAAGUUAAACCAUCCCAAUAUAGUUAAAUUUGUCCACUUCGCAAGCAAUGCUGACUUCAAUUACUUUGCUUUGGAAUUGUGCGACGCAUCACUGGAUCAGGUGUUCCUAAAUGAGGACGAUCCCCAGAAAUAUAAUGGACCUGCAUUACCAAAUAAUUUCGAGGUUUUCUCCCAGUUAGCAACUGGUCUCAAAUACAUUCAUUCGAAGAAACUAAUCCAUCGGGACAUUAAACCGGAAAACAUUCUCAUUUCUGUGAAACAUACUAAACAAGGUAAAGACAUAACGAUCAAAUGGGCCGAUUUUGGAUUGUCACGAGAAGUGAGUGAACGAGGAACAUUCACAAUGAGUGGAAUCAGAGGGACUCUACUUUGGUUCUCUCCCGAAGAGAUAGAAAUUAUGGGCAGAAACCUAAGCAUUGAAAAAACUAAAGGCUCCUACAAAAGCGACAUUUACGCAGAAGGCCUCGUCUUUGGUUAUAUUCUCUUAAAAGGAAAGCAUAUUUACGGUGAAAAUCAAUACGAUAUUGUGGCGAACAUGAAGCAGAACAAUCGAGUCAAUAUGAGUGAAAUUCACCAGAAACAUUUAGCACGUAACUUAAUAGAACAAAUGCUGACCAGCACACCUGAAACACGAAUUACAUCUGAAGAAGUUGUUAAUCAGCUUGAAGCCAUAAAUAUCAAACAUAGCGAAAAGGAAAAACAGCUUCAUCAGCUGUCUACAUGUCCCAUAACAGAUUGUAGGAAUAACAUCGAAUCUUUAAUGCAACUCGGUGUCGACUUAAACGCAAAGGAUGACGAUGGAUGGAAUGCGCUUCAUCUUGUGUGUCGAAAAAAUUCAAGUCCACAUUUAAUCCAUGCGAUUAAACUCUUGAUCGAACUCGGCAUCGACAAGGACGCAAAAACCAACGAUGGAGCGAAUGCGUUUCAUCUUUUGUGUCGAUACAAUUCAAGUCCACAUUUAAUCCAUGCGAUUAAACUCUUGAUCGUACUCGGCAUCGACAAGGACGCAAAGAUCAACGAUGGAUCGAAUGCGCUUCAUCUUUUGUGUUCUAACGAUUCAAGCCCACACUUCAUCGAUGCGAUUCAACUCUUGAUCGAACUCGGCUUCGACAAAAACGCAAAAACCAACGAUGGAGCGAAUGCGUUUCGUCUUUUGUGUCGAUACAAUUCAAGUCCACAAUUAAUCGAUGCGCUUCAACUCUUGAUCGAACUCGGCAUCGACAAGGACGCAAAAACCAACGAUGGAGCGAAUGCGUUUCAUCUUUUGUGUCGAUACAAUUCAAGUCCACAAUUAAUCGAUGCGAUUCAACUCUUGAUCGAACUCGGCUUCGACAAAAACGCAAAAACCAACGAUGGAUGCAAUGCGCUUCAUCUUUUGUGUGAAUACAGUUCAAGCCCACACUUAAUCGAUGCGAUUAAACUCUUGAUCGAACUCGGCAUCGACAAAAACGCAAUAACUAAGGCUGGAUCGAAUGCGCUUCAUCUUUUGUGUCGAAACAAUUCGAGUCCACACUUAAUCGAUGCGAUUAAAGUCUUGCUCGAACUCGGCUUCGACAAAAACCUCAAGAACAACGAUGGAUGGAAUGCGCUUCAUUAUUUGCGUUCUAACAAUUCAAGCCCACACUUAAUCGAUGCGAUUAAACUCUUGAUCAAACUCGGCAUCGACAAAAACGCAAAAACCAACGAUGGAGCGAAUGCGUUUCAUCUUUUGUGUCGAUACAAUUCAAGUCCACAAUUAAUCGAUGCGCUUCAACUCUUGAUUGAACUCGGCAUCGACAAGGACGCAAAAACCAACGAUGGAUCGAAUGCGCUUCAUCAUUUGUGUCGAAACAAUUCAAGUCCACACUUAAUCAAUGCGAUUAAACUCUUGAUUGAACUCGGCAUCGACAAGGACGCAAAAACCAACGAUGGAUCAAAUGCGCUUCAUCAUUUGUGUUCUAACAAUUCAAGCCCACACUUAAUCGAUGCGAUUAAACUCUUGCUCGAACUCGGCUACGACAAAAACCUCAAGAACAACGAUGGAUGGAAUGCGCUUCAUCUUUUGUGUUCUAACAAUUCAAGCCCACACUUCAUCGAUGCGAUUAAACUCUUGAUCAAACUCGGCAUCGACAAAAACGCAAAAACCAACGAUGGAGCGAAUGCGUUUCAUCUUUUGUGUCGAUACAAUUCAAGUCUACAUUUAAUCGAUGCGAUUAAACUCUUGAUCGAACUCGGCUUCGAUAAAAACGCAAAGGACAACGAUGGAUGGAAUGCGCUUCAUUAUUUGUGUCGAAACAAUUCAAGCCCAUACUUAAUCGAUGCAAUUAAACUCUUGGUCAAACUCGGCAUCGACACGGACGCAAAGGAUAAAAAGAAGUGGAAUGCGCUUCAUCUUUUGUGUUAUUACAAUUCAAGCCCACAUUUAAUCGAUGCGAUUAAACUCUUGCUCGAACUCGGCUUCGACAAAAACGUCAAGAACAACGAUGGAUCGAAUGCGCUUCAUCUUUUGUGUUAUAACAAAUCAAGCCCACAUUUAAUCGAUGCGAUUAAACUCUUGAUCGAACUCGGCAUCGACAAGGACGCAAAAACCAACGAUGGAUCAAAUGCGCUUCAUCAUUUGUGUUCUAACAAUUCAAGCCCACACUUAAUCGAUGCGAUUAAAGUCUUGCUCGAACUCGGCUUCGACAAAAACGUCAAGAACCACGAUGGAUCGAAUACGCUUCAUUAUUUGUGUCGAAACAAUUCAAGCCCACAUUUAAUCGAUGCGAUUAAACUCUUGAUCGAACUUGGCAUCAAGAAAAACGCAAAAACCAACGAUGGAGCGAAUGGGCUUCAUCUUUUGUGUUCUUACAAUUCAAGCCCACAUUUAAUCGAUGCGAUUAAACUCUUGAUCAAACUCGGCAUCGACAAAAACGCAAUAACUAAGGCUGGAUCGAAUGCGCUUCAUCUUUUGUGUCGAAACAAUUCAAGUCCACAUUUAAUCGAUGCGAUUAAAGUCUUGCUCGAACUCGGCUUCGACAAAAACGUCAAGAACAACGAUGGAUCGAAUGCGCUUCAUCUUUUGUGUUAUAACAAAUCAAGCCCACAUUUAAUCGAUGCGAUUAAACUCUUGAUCGAACUCGGCAUCGACAAAAACGUAAAGGACAACGAUGGAUGGAAUGCGCUUCAUUAUUUGUGUCAAAACAAUUCAAGCCCACACUUAAUCGAUGCGAUUAAACUCUUGAUCGAACUCGGCUUCGACAAAAACGCAAAAACCAACACUGAUUCGAAUGCGCUUCAUCUUUUGUGUUAUAACAAUUCAGGCCCACAUUUAAUCGAUGCGAUUAAACUCUUGAUCAAACUCGGCAUCGACAAGAAGGGAGAGGACAACUUUAGAUGGAAUGCGCUUCAUCGCUUGUGUUCUAACAAUUCAAGCCCACAUUUAAUCGAUGCGAUUAAAUUCUUGAUCAAACUCGGCAUCGACAAAAAUGCAAAGGAGAUCCUUGGAAAGAAUGCAUUUCAUCUUUUGUGUUAUAACAAUUCAAGCCCACAUUUAAUCGAUGCGAUUAAACUCUUGAUCGAACUCGGCAUCGACAAAAACGCAAAAACCGACGAUGGAUCGAAUGCGCUUCAUUAUUUGUGUUCUAACAAUUCAAGCCCACACUUAAUCGAUGCGAUUAAACUUUUGAUCGAACUCGGCUUCGACAAAAACGCAAAAACCAACACUGAUUCGAAUGCGCUUCAUCUUUUGUGUUCUAACAAUUCAAGCCCACAUUUAAUCGAUGCGAUUAAACUCUUGAUCAAACUCGGCAUCGACAAAAACGCAAAAACCAACGAUGGAUCGAAUGCACUUCAUCUUUUGUGUUCUAACAAUUCAAGCCCACACUUAAUCGAUGCAAUUAAACUCUUGAUCGAACUCGGCAUCGACACGGACGCAAAGGAUAAAAAGAAGUGGAAUGCGCUUCAUCUUUUGUGUUAUUACAAUUCAAGCCCACAUUUAAUCGAUGCGAUUAAAUUCUUGAUCAAACUCGGCAUCGACAAAAAUGCAAAGGAGAUCCUUGGAAAGAAUGCAUUUCAUCUUUUGUGUUCUAACAAUUCAAGCCCACAUUUAAUCGAUGCGAUUAAACUCUUGAUCGAACUCGGCAUCGACAAAAACGCAAAAACCGACGAUGGAUCGAAUGCGCUUCAUUAUUUGUGUUCUAACAAUUCAAGCCCACACUUAAUCGAUGCGAUUAAACUUUUGAUCGAACUCGGCUUCGACAAAAACGCAAAAACCAACACUGAUUCGAAUGCGCUUCAUCUUUUGUGUUCUAACAAUUCAAGCCCACACUUAAUCGAUGCAAUUAAACUCUUGAUCGAACUCGGCAUCGACACGGACGCAAAGGAUAAAAAGAAGUGGAAUGCGCUUCAUCUUUUGUGUUAUUACAAUUCAAGCCCACAUUUAAUCGAUGCGAUUAAACUCUUGAUCGAACUCGGCAUCGACAAAAAUGCAAAAGGGAAUGAAGAAUGGAAUGCGCUUCAUCUUUUGUGUCGAUACAGUUUAAGCCCACACUUAAUCGAUGCGAUUAAACUCUUGAUCGAACUCGGCAUCGACAAGGACGCAAAGAUCAACACUGGAUGGAAUGCGCUUCAUCUUUUGUGUGAAUACAGUUCAAGCCCACACUUAAUCGAUGCGAUUAAACUCUUGAUCGAACUCGGUAUUGACAAAAACGCAAAAACCUCCUUCUUUGGAUGGAAUGCAUACGAUCUGAGUCGGCGCAAUACAAAUCUUACAAACUGCAACCUGUACGAAAUUUUUAAAACCGGAUGAGGUGAAUUUUCGAAGAUAUUAUUUAUGGUAUUUACAAGGAUAUCAAGGUUGUUUGAAAAGUCACAAAACGCGCAACGUUGCAAUAAAUGAUAUUCUCGGCAAAAUACAGCUAACUACAUAAAUUGAUCAA